AUUUAUUACAGUUAAAGAAUGAACCUUAGUUAUGAUUUAGCAACAGUCACAAAUCCAGUAGAUGAUGUACCUCCAUUAGGAUUAUCAAUUUGUCAAUAAGUUUAUCUAGAAUUGGCAAUGUUAGGACUUAUAGUAAUUCCAUGGAUAAGUUUUAAAUUUUAAUAAUGAAAUAGCUUUAUCUAUUACAACAUCAGCUCUACUAUGUUUAUUAACUUAUAUGAUGUUAAUAAUUUUAGUGAUAUAUUUUUAUAUUUUUUUUAUGGCUUAAGGAAAAAGAGUCUUGGAAUUUUAUAUAGCAGGUAUAAUAAAUAAAAUAAUGAGGGUGAAUUCAUCUUCAAAAAGGAAAACAUAUAACUUUUGAUAUUGUCUACAAUAAUCACUUUUAUAACCUUCUUUACUCUUACUAUUCUAUUUCUGUCAACCUAAAAUACUUAAUUAUAUAAAUCCUAUUUUGAUGAAUCAAAUACCUCUUAUAUGAUAUUAUUUAUGACAUUAUUUGUCUUUGGUAUAGGAAUAUUGGAGGAAUAUUUUUGGAGAAGUAAAUAAUCAUUUAAAAUAUGUAGAUUUUAUGAUUAAAACACUUCCAUCAGGAUGGAUUACAGCAUUAUUUGUUGGUUUACAUUUUGCAUUACUUGUAAUGAUGAUAACUAGUUCUAUUGUAGAAUGGCAAUAUUGUAUUUUAUUAGGAGUAUUAUCAAUUAUUUGGCAUAUGAUAAUGGUUUAUGCAAGAAAAGUAAAUUUAUAAUCAAUUAAAUUAAGUUAUUUAAAUUUUCAUCUGUCUUAGUGUAUGGAAUUGCUGCAAGAUUUGGCAUCUACGCUGCAUUUUAUAUAUUAUUUUUGAACAUUAAAUUAGGUUGA